CGUCCGUUAGGUCAGUUCUACAUGCCAUGGCCCUGUAUUCAAGGCCUCAAGAUCGUCGUUUUGCUUCAAACGACGCGUCUAGAACGACUUCAAAGUGUUGAUGCAACCCAUGACGUCACAUCAACUUGCCGUGGCGAGUAGCAAAAUUAGCAUGAUGGUACCGCUCGACUGCGUUGAUGGGAAUUCACGUGCUUCCGCACGUCGGCCCUGCUUCGACGAUCUCGAAAUACGUCCAAGCGCCGUGGAGUCAUUGAGCUUACAGAAGCACAUUCUAAAAAGAGUGACCGGCGACAUAGUUUUGACGCCUCCCCAAUCAGCUUCCAAUUAUUCAUCCGCUGUGUCUGAUUCACCGUUUGUGAUUGAAGCCCAAGACUUCAUCCGGAGGCAGAUCGGUUCCGGCCCGAAUAUGCCUCCAGAGAGGCUCGCGGUUCUGGUUUCCACAAUGUCUGUGGUUGAUUAUCUUCUGUAUGGUACCAAAUUUGAUGUCUACUACUCUUUCUACUGCUCAGGUUGUCAACGUUAUGGAAGGCAUAAAAUAUCCUCUGACUGA